UGGGGUGGGCGUGGGUCGGGGCGGGUGAGAGGCUGAGCGUGUGUCCGGGAGGAGGGCGGGCCGCGCGGGCGCCACGUCCGCAGCCCGAGCCCAGAGCCCCCGAGCCGAGCCGCCACCGUCGCCGCCGCCGGGGCCCCCAGGCCGAGCUGUCCCUGAGAGCGCCAGGAGCCAGGAGCCGGGCCCGAGGAUUCGACUCAUUUCUUUUUACAUUUAGAAGGUACUAGUAUUGAAACUGGGGGACCUCCACCUCCUUUUCUGAUAGAGACAGCACUCAUCAUCAGCCAUCAUCCUGUCAUUGGUCAAGCAAGGGACCAGAUGAGAAAGUUUAAUCAUAACCAACUGCUCGUGGUCCACGGUUUACUGCUGAAAGUCUCCUCUUCCUCCAUGAAUGAUCCUGCACUAACUCAAGGUUACAUCAUCUCUUCUAUGAGACCAUGAAUCAGACGGACAAAAACCAACAAGACAUUCCUUCAUAUCUCAUUGAUGAACCACCAGAAGGUUCAAUGAAAGACCAUCCACAGCAACAGCCUGGCAUGUUGUCCCGCAUGACUGGUGGCAUCUUCAAUGUGACGAAAGGAGCCGUUGGCGCCACCAUUGGUGGUGUGGCUUGGAUUGGAGGGAAGAGUCUGGAGGUGACCAAAACAGCUGUUACCGCAGUGCCUUCCAUGGGCCUAGGGCUGGUCAAAGGAGGGGUGUCUGCUGUGGCUGGUGGUGUCACAGCUGUCGGGUCUGCUGUUGUAAACAAAGUGCCCUUAACAGGAAAAAAGAAAGAUAAGUCUGACUGAGAGAGAGAGAGAAAGGCAGAGGAGAUGACCCUUGCUGUCCACAGCACUCCAAUGCCAGUGGCCUUGAACUGCCAGGACGGGGACUACAACAAAGCCACUUUCUUUGGAUGUUCCUUUUCUAAAGUGCUGUGUUGGAAGUACCGAUGACUUUCAUCUGAAAAGAGAAGAUGCCAAGACUAUCAGUUUGUGAAGGUUCAUCAAACUUUGAUUCCAGAUUUUUAACUGGUGAAAUGUUACACUCGUUCAGUAGUAACUGAAGGUAUAGUAUGUUUCAAUAUUUACUGUAAGUCUUUCAGUUCAGUUAAAAAUGUGAAAAUUACAUUUAGUAGAUAAUCUUUGCCGUUCCAUCCGUCUGAUAAUGUGCCAGGGGACUCAUGACCCUUAAGAGAGCUGUAAACUCUAUAAACUGUACCUUUGAUGUGCCUAAUAGUUUUGGAUGUCUCUUAGUUUUUAAAAAUUGUAUUUUAUUUAGGCUAAGAGGCAUAUUUUGCUCAUUUAAGCUGGUAAGAAAGGAAUUGGAGAUGUUAAGAAGUAAACUUUUAUGUGAUAAUCUC